UCAGCUGAUCUCUGUUUUGAUUUUGAUUCACACAAAUUCAAAUCUUUCCUUCUUUAUAAUUUCUACUUUUAUUCAUAUGAAACUUAUUCUAUCAGCACUGAAUUAAUUUACUAUUGAAAGCAAAAAUUAUUUCUAUGGGAUCAGUAAACGUGUACAUUCUGGUAUGAAAAUCUGAAUUAAAUAGAAAAUAGGCUAUAUUGAAUAGACAAUAUAACCUAACUUUUUGACACGAUAUUAUUAUCUAGUUCACCAUGAUUUGCUAUGUUAUGUAAACUUUACAAAGAUAAUUCUUUGAUAUUUUGAAUCAAAUCAAGGGUCAUAGUAACUUUCAAAAAUGUGGUAUGAUGGUAUGGGUGAGAAAAACAUGGAUACACUGCACAAUUCUGUAGCAGAAGCAGUUCUCAGAAGCUAUGGGCGAUUUGUUGAAGAUCACAGCAAAUAUUUACACAAACAAAAAGAAUCAUGGACAAGAUUAGACCCUUUGAGAAAUCUACUCGGAACUAAGUGGCAACCUCGAGAAGAUGCCUCGUUAUUGGCUAUUGUUGACAGCAGCAAUAAAGUCCUGGACAAGGUUGUUGUUGUGUUUUCAACUCUCAUACUAGACGUGGACGAUUUGUAUGAGCAUGCGGAAAAAAAUGUUAUCCAACAUAUACUCUUCUACGGUGAACGUUGUGAGGAGGAUGUACCCCAGGAGGAGGCCGAAAUGAUGGUGAGCAAGCUACUGCCCAAACUUGAGGAGUUGAUGUCAAUCACUUGGAGGGCUCACACUUUGAUUGUGCAAAUAGUUCAGCAGAUAACUGCAUUCAUCUCAUCUAAGGAGCUCCUAACAGUUGUUGAUUCACACAUGCCGACUCUGUUGGACUCACUUGGAAAACUUUUGUACCUUCUGGUAUUGGUAGAUGAGAUUUUUGCCAAUCAGAACACUCUGUCAUCUCAUUGGACGCUUUACAGACAUUCAGUGGCUUCAGCGAUUCACAAUCAUUCCAAGUUUGCAUUUAAUGCUGAAGAACUGAAGCGUUUGAAUAAAUUUCUGGGUGAAAUAGAUGAUAAUCUCUUCUCUGGAAAGUGCUUCUCUAAAUGUCAAAACUUGCUGUCGGAUGGGAAGUUGAAUGUACAAAAAAAUUCGCAACUUGCAGAAAAGUUCAACAGUUAUUUGAAAAAUUCUCUCAAUAAACUCGACAGCCGGCCUUCUGAUAUGGUCACUCAACACAGAUCAGUAGAAGUGUUUGCAACUUAUGUAUUCAGCAUAUCUUUAUUCGGUGGGACUGAUAAGAAAUUAUUCAAGCUGUUCUGGGAAGUGAGCAAGAAGCAUCAUGCAGCCGCUCUUUGUGGAACAAUCCUCUGGUUGCCAGAUGUGUUUCUUGUCAGAAAUUUGCAACAUAUUACGAAACAGAUGCUGGACAAAAAGACUAUAGAAUCUGUUGCUAGUGGCAGACAAACAUUCAUCACACAAACUACAAGUAAUUUGGCAAAGGAAUUAGCCAUGUACUCUGCUUUGACAUGCAAAUGGAUCAAUAACUUUGAAAUUAUUUUGAAACAAAUCAUCAACUCUAUGGAUUACACUCAUCUCACUGACAUGCUACUUCAAGGAAUUCAAUUGAUGUCAAGAAUGAAAAGACUGACUGUUUUACUAAUCAAUCUCCAUGGAUUCGCCGGUCAACCGAUGGCAAAAGGCUCGGCAUUAAUACUGUGUAAAUUUGUAGAAAUAAUUAAAGGAAUCGAGUCCAUGUAUCAGCGACAUAAUGUAACUAUCUCCAAACAUCUGAGCCAGAUCGUUCAUCAGCUUUGUUAUAGAGCGUUGCUUAUUAUUGUAGCGACUAAGAAAAAGUUGUUGCGAGAUAAAAAGUACAUGGAAAAAGUGGAUACGUUAUCUUCACUAGUAACAGCGGAGCGUGCUUUGGAUGGACCGCCUACAGUUGUGAGGCUGAUCGUUGCCAACCUUGCCAUAUCGCUCACUAGAGCAGACAACCAGCAGACGUUCAGUGAAGACGAUGCUGCCAACAUCAACAAGAUCAUGUUUUGCCUGCAGCAUGUGCAAAACUUGCACCUAACAGUCAAUAAGCUCUCUAAAUGUGAAUUCAUCUACUGGCAUAAAGUUGUGCUGCCCAUCUACUUUGAUAAACUCAGGGACACCAAACUGGAUCUUCAAAGACUGAUUUACAUGUUGAAUGCCGCUCAAGACAGUAAUUUUGAUGGAUGUUUGAUGAAUCAUAUUGAUGAUGCCAACCAGUUACUUCAAACAGUUGAUGAGCAGCUGUUGCAUUAUGUUGAUAACAAGCUCAUCAAUGCCUUAUGUCAAGACAUAGAAACAAAUCUGAGAUUGCAGAUCCAUUCUCAUUUAAGGAACGAUGAAUCAAACUUGAAGAAAUUAAAGUGCGACUUGACAGAUCUUUCCAACAUUGAGUCUAUUUUCCUGUUUCAUAGCUAUAUUCACCUCAAAAGCAAAGUAGAAUCGUAUCUACAACGUACGUUCUACGACCUAACCACCGUUGCAUUGCAUGAUUGGCGUACGUAUGGAGAAAUGAGAAGCUUAGCCAAGCACAAGUAUCGUCUUGUCACCGUUGAAGACAAUCUCCCUAGUCAAACUUUGGAACAGGGUCUUGAUGUCUUGGAAAUUAUGAGGAACAUCCACAUAUUCGUUUCGAAGUACAUGUACAAUUUAAACAACCAGAUAUUUGUGGAGAGUUCGAGUAACAACAAGCAUUUAAAUACGAUCAAUAUCAGACAUGUUGCCAAUUCUAUUCGAACCCAUGGUACAGGUAUCAUGAAUACAACGGUGAAUUUCACUUACCAAUUCUUGAGAAAGAAGCUGGAUAUCCUAUCACAAUUUCUAUAUGAUGAUCAUAUAAAAUCGAAACUUCUAAAGGAAUUCAAUUACUUUCAAGAGAACCGAAACCAAUUGAAUUUCAAGUAUCCUUAUGAAAGAGCCGUCAAACUGAACAAAGAUAUUCAAAGUCUUGGAACUGUGGAUGGCCUGACGUACAUGGACAAGUUCAGGAUUCUUAUCACACAUAUUGGAAACGCUCUUGGCUACGUGCGAAUGAUACGCUCGGGUGGAUUGCAUUGCUGUUCGAAUGCUAUCAGCUUCAUACCAGACAUCGAGCAUCUUGUGAAGUUCAGUGAGAUUGCCGUUGAGGAGAAUGUGUCAGAGUGCUCCAGACAAGCUGCAGCAGGUCUGGACAGAGUUGUUGAUAGUCUAGCCAGAAAUCUCACUGAAGGAACUGAAUAUUUCAAAUUGCUCGUAGAUGUUUUCGCUCCUGUCUUCCAAGAUGCCAAAAACAGUCAUUUGCGGAACUUCCACAUGAUCGUGCCAGCAUUGACUGUCAAUUUCUGUCGCACUUCCAUUUCGUCCAAAGAAAGAUUGAACAAGAAAAGUAAAGAGGGAGCUGCUUUCACAGAUGAUGGAUUUUCUAUGGGUAUCGCUUACAUGCUUCAAGUUAUCAACUUGAACAAUGAAUUCGACUGUCUGCGAUGGUUUGAGUCGGUCGGCGCUGAACACAAGUCUAUAAGAACUGUUGCUGAGAAGAAGUGGGCUGCAUCAACAAAUGAUGACAAACUCCAGCAAACUCUCAACUUGACCCUCAAACGCAUACAUCUUGACCAACAGGAGUUCAACCUCAUUUAUUGCAGUUUGAGCAGCGCAAGAAUAUUCUUCCAAGACUUUUCAAAAGUUCAAACCCAGGAGACUAAGACUGCAGAUAAUACUAAUAAUACUAAUUGAGUAUCUAGUAUUUAUACUCAAAAUUGAAAUGAGUUAUAUAUUUAGGCCUAUAUCAUAGACAAAAACCUAUAUAUAUCUGAGCAUAUUUAUAUUAUAAACAAAUUCCGAUAUUCAUCUGAGUACAUGUAAGAGCUUACUCAUUGUACACAGAAAAGAUGAAUUAUAACCCUGCUUGCAUGAUUUAAUCAUUUAUUUCUAGUAUGUUCAAAUGUCAGUAUCGUUUAUUGUAAUACUCUCUUAAAUCCCAUGAUGUUUAGUAAUUCAAGAUGUAAUUAUUCAUUAAUGUUUUUAAUGCCUUUCCUGAAUAUUAAAAUUCAUAAUUACUCAUUUUAUUACUUAUUCAAAUGUUUUAUAUUCAAUAUAUAAAUAAAAAUUAUUAUUGUUACAUUG